UUUCACGCCAGAGGCUCGAAGUGGCCAUGAAGCAGUGUUAGUAGAUGAAAUGCUUUAUUUUAUGGGAGGUUCCAUCCAAAUACUACCCACAAAUCAAACAAAUCUAUCGGAUGAAGUAUUUUAUUUGAAUCUUUCUUCACAAUUUACCAUUGACAAUCCACCAUUUAUGGAUAUUACUAACACUUCCCGGAUGCCUUAUGGAAAUGAAAAAG